AUGAAGGCAAGAGAGAGGCAACGGAAAAGAAGAAGUUUAAUGACGGAAGAACAGCUGGAGUUGAAGAGAGCCAAGAAUAGAGAGUAUAUGGCAAAGAAAAAGCAAGAAGAAAAAGAAAACCCGAAAGAAAUAAGCGACAGAGAAAAACGAAGAUUAGCUAAACUAAACCGAGAACGUGUACAGAAAUGGAGAGAGAAAAAGAAGGGAGAGAAAAUUGCUGAGUCCCAAAAACAUAUUGACAAUUUGACCUCAGACAAUACUAUAAAUGAACAGACCACACCGAGCAAUAAAAGAGAUAAAAAACAUACAGGCAGUUCAUCGAAGAAGCUACUUCAACACAAUAAAACAUUGGAAGCAGAAAAAUACAAAAAGAGAUUUCAAAGACUAGCAAACUCAGAUAACUCCCCAUCACCCUCAAAGAAAAUCAGGAAAUUAGCCGGUGGCAAGAAAUUACCAUGA